AUGAAGUUCACCACCAUCGCCCUCGCUCUCUUCAGCGCCGUCGCCAUGGCCCAGGACUGCCCUCAGACCACCCUCAUGCCCGAGUGCGGUGCCACCUGCAUCCAGUCCGCUGCCUCCGCCAUCGGCUGCACUGGAGCUGGCUACGCCUGCCAGUGCUCCAAGUCUGCUGAGGUCCAGAAUUCCGCUGCCGGCUGCGUUAUCGCCAGCUGCGGCCUCAACGUUGCCCCCACUGUCGUGAGCGCUGCUGCUGCCAUCUGCAGUGCUUGCACUUAA